CCAAAAAGGCAAAGGCAGAGAAAACUAGGUCUUCAUCUAAAGUUAAACCAAUUCUGAAAAAACAGCAUUCACAUCCACAAACAGAAAAAGUGAAUAAAAAUGUUGAGAUGGAGGAUUUAAAUGUGAUUGUGAGAUAUGAUGGUAACAGACAAACCAGUUUUACUUCAAGGGAUGAGACAUUUGGGCCUGGUAGUAGCGCAGAUGAAAAUGACUUAAUAGACGAAGAGUUGAGAAUUGCUGAAUCAAUGAGUCUGGCAGUAUUUCUGUCUCUACAACAGGAUCAAGAUCACCAGGAUCAACUGGAACAGGACACUCUACAGAGAAGAGGAGUAAUUGGAGGAAUAGCCCCAUUAGAAACCUUGGAUGAAGUGGCAGAGGACUCCUGUACUCCUAGUCCAGCAUGUAUACAAGGAAUUUGGGACAGAGAUGAUCAAAUUGAAUCUGGUAAGUAG